AUGACCGACGCCGAGCCCUCCUCCGCCACCUCCGCCGACUCUUCAUGCGCCGCCGUCUGCUCCACCUCCGCCACCGCGGCCGAGGCGAGCCCGCCGCUGUCGUCGGUGUGCUCCGCCUGUGGCGGCCCCACCGCCUCCAUCUCCUCUCCGCCGCCCUGGACCGACGCCUAUAACCUGCUGGCAUGCCGCCCUAUCCGCACGCCGGCGAUCAACGCCCCCACCCAGACCAACACCCAUCAUCCUCGCCCCCGUCCCCCAGCCCCUCCCCGUCCCCCCGUUACCCCUCCCUAUCACUUUGAAACCCCCACCAAGCGCAUCUCCUCUCCCGACGACAUCCGCCGCUUCCACUCCUCUGCCGCCGGCCGCCACUUCCCUGGCUUCGUCGCCGCCCUCUCCCACUCUGUCCGCGGCCGCAAGAUCUCCGACCCCGUUCCCCCCCUCCCCCAAACCGUCACCUCCCUCCUCUCCCUCCUCCAAGCCCUAACCUCUUGGAUCGACGACUACCACUUUCUCCCCUUUAUCUUUGGCUCAGCUCAUCUUAUUGAUCACAAGUAUAUGAAGCCCAAGUCGAUUCACAACCAGGACAUUCUUGAUAACUUCUCCCAUGAGUAUAUGUACUUGGCCUGUGUGGCUUUUGUCAAGAAGGUGAAGAAGGGGGUGUUUGCUGAGCACUCCCCGAUGCUUGAUGAUAUCAGUGCGGUUCCGACAUGGAGCAAGGUGAACAGUGGAAUGCUGAAGAUAUAUAAGGCUGAGGUGCUUGAGAAGGUGCCCAUCAUGCAGCAUUUUGUCUUUGGUUCGCUCAUCAAAUGGCAAGCAAAAAGAUAGCCGAUGCAAAGCUUGCAAAAGAUUUCCAAGCAGUUCUGAAAGAGUUUCAGAAAGCUCAAAGGCUUGCAGCUGAGAGGGAAACUGCUUAUGCCCCUUUUGUUCCUCAAGCAGUUCUUCCUUCGAGCUAUACUGCUAGAGAGAGAUGUUAGUGUUGAUAAAACAUCUGAACAGCGUGCUCUGCUUGUGGAAUUUAGAAG